AACUGGAAGGCCUUUUGUUCACUUCAAGUCACCCAUCACUCUCGCAACAUCUGGUUCCGCUUCUUACACAAAACCAUCAAUACUCGAUUUUACAUCCACCAAAAAUGGCCACAACUCAUCACACAUCCCCAAUGCAUCCACUGUCCAUAUUUCCGUCGAAACACAAUUGACACACUAGAUCACUUCAACUUUCUGUGUCCAACAAAAUACAAGGUCUGGUGCCAUAUCCUAUCAACAUUCGUCGAUCCUUCCCUUACCACUUCUUCAGUUCAACUCUUGAGACAACUCCUCAACCUACGCACCACCAUCAACCGCACCCACAAAUCUGUGUUUCCAACUCUUUCAACCCAACAAAUCUGUGCUAGCACAUUAGAAGGUCUAUGGACCAGCCAUUGGCGCUCUACCUUUGAUUCCACACCCUUCACCUUUCCUAUUGUACUCGCCAUAGUCAAGCGCCUGUUGACUAAGCAAUCAUAUGAACAAGAGCUAACCAAUUUUGAUUGA